CUUCUCUUGCUUUCUGUGCAGAUCCUUCCAGAGAAAGUGCAGGAACAGAUUGCAUUAUCAGAGAUGCCAUGCCAGACUCAGGGAGAGCUGAGAGCCCGAGAGCAGGAAGAGCAGCUCAGGCAGCAGGUGGAAGAGCCACAGGAGAAUGGCCAGAGCAUCAAGGCAGAGCACAGGCAGAGCUGCCCGAAGCUCAGAGUCCCAUCACGGAAGUGAAGAAGAGGAAUCAGGAAGACAUGAUAAGAAUUCAAGAGGAGAUGAAUCUCCAUCAGCAGAGGGGCGAUCAACAAAACCAGGUGCAAGUGUUGACAUCUCACCGGGCAGCCGGCAAAGACUUCUGGCAAAUGAGUGGCAAUGAAGAGCCCCGAGGCUGGUGUGAGGCACAGGAACUGUCCCCACCAAAGGUGCUACAGGUUGAGCAUGACCUGAAGAUGGUGCAGGAAAAGAGGACACAGUGGGGGGAGAUCUACAAGGGCUUUGUCACCAAACCUGCUGCAGCAGCAACAUUGCCUAAAGGAGCCUUUGCUCUCCAACCUGAGAAGCGGAGCCGGGGCGGUUUGCUCAUCUCCAGUGCUGACCCAGCUGCUGCUCAGCACCGGGAGAUCAAGGAUGACUCCCUGGAGCUACGGAGGAAAAUAGUGAAUAUGGAAAAUCCCGUGAUGAAAUACACGGAACUGGAAUAUAUUGGCAGAGGGACUUUUGGAGAUGUUUGCAGAGCGCUUGACAAUGCCACAGGAGAACAGGUGGCCAUAAAGAAAAUAAAUCUCCAAGAACUGAGGAAGAAGGAACUAAAAGUCAAUGAACUCAUGGUCAUGAAGACAAAUGAGAAUCCCAACCUGGUCAACUAUUUAGACAGCUACCUUUUGGAUGAGCACCUCUGGCUGGUCAUGGAGUACAUGGACAGAGGCACUCUGAGCGAUGUCAUCAGCGAGACUCACAUGUCUGAAAGAGAGAUGGCAGCCAUCAGUCGGGAGUGCCUGCAAGGCCUGGAAUUUCUUCACUCGAACCUUGUGAUCCACCGAGAUGUGAAGAGCAGCAACAUCCUUCUCAGAACCGACGGCUCUGUCAAGCUGGCUGACUCUGGCCUCUUUGCUCAGCUCACCCCUGAGCAGAGUCAACGGAGCUCAGUGGCCAGCACUUCUGGGUGGAUGGUGCCUGAAGUGGUGACAGGUCAACCAUGUGGCCCCAAAGUGGACAUAUGGUCUGUUGGAAUCGUGGGCAUCAAAAUGGUGGAACGAGAAGUUCCUUACCAGAAUGAAACUCCUGUUUUGGCUCAACUCCUGAUAGCCAUACGAGGGACACCAAAGCUGCAGCAGCCCAACCGAUUCUCGCCUUGCCUGUGUGACUUCCUGAGCUGCUGCCUGCAGACAGACGAGGCGCGGCGCUGGUCUGCCAAGGAGCUCCUGCAGCAUCCAUUUGUAACAUCAGCCAAGCCAGCGUCCACCCUGGUUACACUCAUCAACUCGGUGAAGAAGGAGAAGAAGAAGAAGACAAGAAUGUAACAAUCAAGAUAUUAUCUCCAUAACCAAGUUAGAGUAGGGUUGUAGAGUAGGACUCCAGAGUAGGAUUGUUGAGUAGUUUUGUAGUAUAGGUUUAUAGAGUAGGAUUGGAAUUAAAUAAAGUUUCUGAAGCAUCAA